CAGAAAACCAGAAAGAAAAAGCCUCCUACUCAUUAUCCUCUCUCUCUCUUGUGCGCUCUUUCAUUUUUCCAUAGCUUUCCUUCCAAUCAAAUACUAAUCCCUUUGUUUUUUUGUUCUCCCUCUCUUUAAAAUUUGAUUUUUACAUAGCACGAAAAUUAAAAAGUUAUGGCGGAAGAAGAAGAAACAGAGCUGAGCGAUGAUCAAAAGAAAGGAAUCGCCAAAUGGUUCCUCGUAAACGCUCCCGCUGGAGAAAUCCAAUAUGUCUCCAGAGAUUUAAAAUUGGUUUUGAAUAAUGAUGAUGUGUAUAAUGAGGCAGCAUCGGAGGCGUUUCCCGUUUACAACAAAUGUCACCUCAUUUCCCUCAAAAUGCCUGGUGGAUUCGGUGAUGUGUUGGUUACAUCAUAUGGGGAGCUUCAGGAUAACGAGUACCUAGACCCCAAGACUGCCCAAGUUGCCAUAGUCGAUCAUGUCAAACAGGCUUGUACAAAGGUGAGACCUGCUACUGAUGAGGAGCUUCCUUCUGCAUAUGUUGAGGAAUACCGCUGUGCUCUAGAAGCAGAAAUACUGAAGUAUGUUGCCGAAGCUUAUCCAAAAGGUUCUUGUUCAGUCUACUGUACUAAUGGAAAAGAUGUGGAGGAACCUGGAUCUGAUUUUGACCUUGUUGUAGUGAUUGCUGCCGCUCGACUUAGCCCCCAAAAUUUUUGCAAUGGAAGUUGGCGGACAAUAUGGAAUAUAGAGUUCAAAGAUGAUAUUCAAAAGCUGGAAUUAAAUGGCAAAUUGAAGGUUGGUGCGCACUAUUUUGAGGAGGGGAAUGUGCAAUUAGAUACAAAACAUGAAUGUAGAGAUUCAACAAUGUUUCAGUCUCCCGAUGAUACUGCAAUUUCUGUAGCCAAUCUUAUUCGCCGCCAUGAGACAGCAUACAUGGCAUCUCUUGAGGAAUCUUAUUUUAAGUUGUCAGAUAACACUUUCAAGGAUCUUCGGAGGAAACUUCCGAUUACUCGGACCUUAUUUCCGUGGCGUAGCACUAGGCAAUUCAGCCUGAAAAGAGAGAUAUCAGAAGAACUCGGAAUUGGGAAGUGACUAUACAAUAUCAAGACGCAUCGAAAGCCAAUUCCCUUAAUGCAUCAAAUCAAGUUCAACAGGAUCCUGGUCACCUGUCUGUACUUUUUAGAGCAGUUCUAAGAGUUUACAAUUGUUUGUUAGGCUCCCAACAACCAUGAAUUUUAGAGUUUAUCAGUUAUUUAAUGUGCAGGUUGAGUUCUCAUGUGAGAAUCUCAAUUGCAUCAUUGUUUACAAGCCAUCAUCAUGUAUUAUUAUGUAUAGCAAGCUUUACUUUGAACACAA